CUUUCUUUAGUUAUCUUUCCCUCAUGUCGCUUCCCCUUUUCCCUUCCCCCUUCCGCCACAACCGUGGCACCGUCCAUAGCCAACUCCGGCCAUAUCCCGGCAAGUCUCUGCCCUACCGACCUUCGUUAGCACCCCCUCCUCCCCCUACCUUUGUCGGCACCCCCUCCUUCCCCUACCUUCGCCCAGUCCCUGACAUGCCGGUCGAUUCGCCGACCUCACCACAAAUCCCGGCCACCGUCAAAAGGGGAGAGAAAGCGGAGAAAAAAUUCAAUUGUUCUGUGGAUGGCUUACGGGCGAGGCAGCGGGUGGCGGCGAUGCACGAAGAUUGUGUGCCAAAGUGUCCAUCCAGCAUGCUGCGUCCCUCACGGACGCCUGUCAGUAGGCCACAGGUGCAUGGAUGCCGGACGCACGAGUACAUCCUCGAUCUUGUAGGACCAUCGGCGAGCGUGUCUAGGACUGCUGCUUCCACUCCACCGGCGCCUAAGGCUGACUUGGAGCUUCAAGACCUCCAACCCUCCAUGGAACUCCGAUCCCACAGCAGUCCCACCUCACUCCAUGGUCAGCGGCAAGUCUACCAGCGGUGGGGAAGGAGCAGCUCCUGGUUGCACAUGUGGAAAAGGUAGCAGCAGCGGCGACGGCCCUCAAUUGAGCGUGCAGUCGUCUCGCCGCCGGGGAAGACCCACAUUAGCUAGCCUUUUAACUAUAGUCAAAGAAGAAGACAAGAACCAACAUAGGAACAAAAUGAGAGGAGUUAAAGAAGAAGAGAACCAGCAUAGGAACAAAUUGAGAGGAGCUGUCAAACUGACAUAAGUUUGAAAUGUUCAGUAGAUUUAGAUAUGUUUAGAUUUUGUAAAAUACUGUUGUAAAUUCAGAUAUUUACAAAUUCAAAGAGUUCAAUGUUUACUAGAUUCAGAUGUUUA